AUGUCCUCUCCACUCCCACUCGCAGGCAAGGUAGCCAUCGUGACCGGCUCCUCGCGCUCCAUCGGCGCCUCCAUCGCCACCAAGCUCGCCGCGGACGGCGCGUCCGUCGUCAUCAACUACGUCUCCCCCUCCUCCGCCCCGCUCGCCGCGCACCUCGUCGCGCAGAUAAAGUCCUCGGGUACUGGCGAUGCCGUAGCUGUCAAGGCGGACCUCUCGACGCUCGAGGGCGGACAGCGCCUGCUGGCAGAGGCGCUGCGCGCGUUCGGGAAGCUCGACGUGCUGGUGCUCAACGCGGGCAUCAUGGGCAGCCGCGUGCUGCAGGACGUCGACGAGGCCUUCUUCGACGCGCAUUUUGACAUCAACGUCAAGGGCCCGCUGUUCCUCACCAAAGCCGCCGCGCCGCUCCUCCCGCCAGGCGGCCGCAUCGUCUUCUUCUCCUCCAGCCUGACGUCCGCCUCCGCCGUCCAGCCCAACGCGCUCGUCUACGUAGCCUCAAAAGCCGCGAUCGAGCAGUUCGCGCGCGUCCUCGCGAAGGACCUCGCGCCCCGCUCCAUCACCGUCAACGUCGUCUCCCCGGGGCCGAUCGACACGGACCUCUUCCGCCGGGACAAGACCGAGCAGCAGAUCCAGUUCAUCACGAACCUGAACCCGCAUAAACGGCUAGGCGAGGUCGACGAGGUCGCGCCCGUCGUCGCGUUUCUCGCGUCUGAGGGAGCGAAGUGGGUGACGGGGCAGAAUAUCCGGGUGAAUGGGGGAUUCGUCGUAUAG